CCGCCCGAGCUCGCUGUGCUCAGUCCGAGGGAGCCGCCAUCUUGGAUGCUGAAUCUGGGUUCCGGAGUCGGUCUGUCUCUGCCGUUUUCACGCCUGGUUUCGGUCCGGAAGAAUACCACAGCAUGCUGGGCUCUGGAUUUAAAGCUGAGCGUUUACGAGUCAAUUUGAGAUUAGUCAUAAACCGUCUUAAACUAUUGGAGAAAAAAAAAACCGAACUGGCCCAAAAAGCGAGGAAAGAGAUUGCUGACUACCUGGCUGCUGGGAAAGAUGAACGAGCUCGGAUCCGAGUGGAGCACAUUAUACGAGAAGACUACCUCGUGGAGGCCAUGGAGAUCCUGGAGCUGUAUUGUGACCUGCUGCUGGCCAGGUUUGGCCUCAUUCAGUCUAUGAAGGAGCUAGAUUCUGGUCUGGCUGAAUCUGUGUCUACACUUAUCUGGGCUGCUCCUCGACUCCAGUCAGAAGUGGCCGAGUUGAAAAUAGUUGCUGAUCAGCUCUGUGCCAAGUAUAGCAAGGAGUAUGGCAAGUUAUGUAGGACCAACCAGAUUGGAACUGUCAAUGACAGGCUAAUGCACAAAUUGAGUGUGGAAGCUCCGCCCAAAAUCCUGGUGGAGAGAUACCUGAUUGAAAUUGCCAAGAACUACAAUGUGCCCUAUGAGCCUGACUCUGUGGUCAUGGCAGAAGCUCCCCCUGGAGUAGAGACAGAUCUUAUUGAUGUUGGAUUCACAGAUGACGUGAAGAAGGGGGGACCUGGAAGAGGAGGAGGUGGGGGCGGGUUCACAGCACCCGUUAGUGGACCUGAUGGAACAGUGCCUAUGCCUAUGCCUAUGCCCAUGCCCAUGCCCACUCCAAGUACUCCUUUCUCAUACCCACUUCCAAAGGGACCAUCGGAUUUCAAUGGAUUGCCAAUGGGGCCUUAUCAGGCCUUUCCCAAUAUUCAUCCACCUCAGAUACCAGCAGUUCCCCCAUCAUAUGAAUCUGUUGAUGACAGUAAUGCUAAUAAGAAUGUCUCUUCUGCACAGAUUAUUGGUCCUGGACCCAAGCCAGAAGCCUCUACAAAGCCCCCUUCAAGACCUGUGGAUACCUAUGACAACUUUGUACUACCAGAGUUGCCAUCUGUGCCAGAUACACUACCAACUGCAUCUGCCGGUGCCAGCACCUCAGCAUCUGAGGACAUUGACUUUGAUGAUCUUUCCCGGAGAUUUGAAGAGUUGAAAAAGAAAACAUAGGCAUCUCAAACCAGGCAACAUCCAAGUUCUGCAAGUUGAAACAGCAGUUUCUCCUUCUAACAAAGAAUCUCCAUGAAAUUCUGUUUCAUCUCUUAACCAUCACCGAGCACAUUCUUCCUCUGGGCUCUCUUCCUGCUCUACCAAAUUGUGGUGCUUUCCAUCCAGUUCUUUAUUGCUCCUAAGAGAUGAAUGACUAGAGACACUGAGGCCAGAGCAGCUGACUCCUGUAAGCCGUGCUUGUCUGUUUCCUGUCAGUAUGAGCCCAGGUUCUCUCCUCGCCUGUCCCACCUUCCCUCUACAGGGGAGUGAGAACGUAAAAGCAUUGUGGGGAGAGCUGACAGAUGGCUGGGUUAUGGAAGAGAGUACUUCAUGAAGUGUCUCAGCUCUGUGCUGAGGUUCUAGACUUAGAAACACACCCCACUCUACAGAGGGAUUUAUGGUGCGUGAGAAUCAAGGCUAAAAUGUGUAUUUUCUCGCUCUAAUAUGAAUGGGAGAGAGAAAAUGACUCAGGAAGCCACUGUAACAGUUCUUGGAAGCUGGGUCCUCUCAUUGGCAUAUACUCUACUCCUUGCUGCAGGGCAGUGUUUCACCUGGAUCCAGUUGCAAAGUUUAUUUGGAGAGUUGAUGGCCUCUCAUACUUUUACUGGAUUCACAGGGAGCCCUCUGUGGCCUGUUGCAUUACUAACGAAGGACAGGACGCAUAUUGGUCACCAUUCAAGGCUAAGGUGGGCUUCCAGUUGCCUUAAUAGAAGUAUUCAAGUCUCUUGAAUAGUGAGCUGGAAAGCCUACAGGAGAAGAGGGGUCCCUGUUUUCAUUUGAAAACUUGAAGAUUAAGAGAACCUUUAAAAACUGAUCUCAAAUUUUAGUGCCCCUGUGGCUGUAAUUGUUCGCUGCUUUCCUUGAUGGAUGAGACUCUAAUUACUGUUAUAACUAACAUGCUCCUUUGCCCCCUAGCUAAGGCCAUUCUUUUCCACAGGGAUGGCUUUGGGAUCGGAAGAUAAGACUCGCUUCUGUGUAUCUGUACAUACCUGUUUCAAGCAACCUUUCUUUAAUGUUUUUGACUGGUUUGUAUCUCAUAGCUUGGUAGCUGAUAAUAAAGUUAAAAAUUCUGUGCCCUGCUUUCUCCACUGGUUUGGUUAGAUGAUGAGCUGCAAAUUUGGAUUUUAGUGGAGAAUAUUUUAAGCAAGUGACCUAUGCUGGGCACAAGCCAGACCUUACCUUUGGCUCCCUGGGUAACGUGGAUGUCUGCGGCAGUAAGGAGCCCAUUCCAGUCUUUCUGUUUAAGCCCAGAUAGCAUCUGUGAGUUGGCUUGGUUACUCCUCUGGGGCUUUGUGGAGGCUUUCAGGACCUAAUUAAAUUAGGGCAAGGAACACAGUGUUAGAAAUGCUCCCCAUCAGCCAGAUCACAUGCUUGUAUCUUUAUUUCUAAUAAGCUGCAGUGGGCUCACAUCUGACUCACUGGUAUUUCCCACAGCCAUCCUAGAACACGGGUUGUGUUACUGGCAUUUCUGGCAGCAGAACCAGUUAAAUAUGUCACUCUUGCAGUGUUAAGACUUUCCUGACAGUGCCAAGAUCAUAAACAUAAGGACUUUCAGCGAAGGGGAUUUUGAUUCCUCACUGACAAAAUUAACAAAGUGUACUGUAAACAGCUAUAAUUUUCUAAGCUUACGCCAUGCAAAAAUAAGUAUUUGCUAGGCGAUAACAGGGUUAAGACAGUUCAUUUUUUAACACUUAGUGUCAGUGUCCGUUGCUGUCACAGCUGUUCACUCACCUGUGCUCUGGUGCACUGGAUUCCUAAUAAACUUGAGAGCUUCUGCA